ACUUACUAAUCUUCCUCAAUAAAAAUUAUUUACCUCAUCAUUUUUACGCCGUAAACCUACCUCUCUUUCUCACACGAAUAAACAAAAAAACAAAAAAACAAAAAAAAAAUCUCAGAACCGGUAACUAACUGACAUGUACUCACGUAACCCGACCCGAUUUCGACCCGCCAAAUUCCUCACCUCGAGGGCCGAGCGUUUACUUGGCGUCCCACCCCACGCGCCGCGGCUCGAUAAUUCCACACCCUUCGAAUUCAGCGAAGACGACGUCGUUUUCGGUUACGACUAUUCUCACACCUCUUCUUCUUCUUCUUCGAUCCCCAUCCCCCGCCUCCGCCACCAAUACAACCACCAUCAACAUCAUCAUAAAAAUCUAUCUCCCUUAGGUCCUCACGAUUCGUCUGGAAUCCAUCCCGUCUUGCCGGAAAACAAAGAAUCUCCCGAUGUGGUAGACGGUUCGGAUCGUCUCGACGAUGAUAUCGAUUCUGUUUCACUCUCCAGUUCCGUUUCCUCCAAUUCAUCUUCAUCCUCCGCAACGCAACCGAUUCUCGUCCAGAGAUCGGUGUCAGACCGAACUCGGCCGUUUUCGUCGCUCGCGGCGACUAAAUUCUACCAUUCCGCGCCGAUUAAUAUUCCGAUGAUGACACCGGAGAUGGCAGAGCUAGCAAGGAAAUACGAAGAAGAGGAAGCACGAAAGUUGGCGGAGGAAGAGGAUUUCAAGAACAAGAUUCCUCCGCAUGAGUUUCUCGCGAAGCAAGUGGAUUUUUCACGGAUGCAUUCGUGUUCGUUGUUCGAAGGAGUUGGAAGAACCCUAAAGGGAAGAGAUAUGCGGAAAGUUCGGAAUGCCGUUUUGAGCCAAACAGAAGGCUUCUCGCCGACUCUGUUAUCUUUAGGAUGAUUUACACACUUUCAUACAGCAUUGCAAAUGAAGUAUCACGCAGAGAAGAGAUGCCAGAACAUGCAAAUGAAGUACCACCAUGCACAACAGAGAUACCAGACAAAAGUGUGAUAGCUUGGUGAAGGAUUUCGUAAUUAUUCGUUUUUCUUCUGCUACAAAUCUAUAAGCCAAAAAAAGUGGUUACAUGCAGCAUCCUGUAAUGCAAUUGCUUUCAUUUU